AUGGAUUUGUUGCUAUCCAAUGCCAUUAAAGCCAAGCAUUUGCCUAAUAUUACAACUUACAAAGCAAAGCUUCGUAAUAAUCUUAAAGAAUUAAAUUCAAACUUUCCUGUUACAAUUAUUUUUCUUGGCCGCAAUGAUAUUGCUUUUCGAGGUCAUCGUGAUGAAAGUAAGUAUCAUCCAGAGAUCGGAGAAACAUGUAAAAACAACAUUGGUAUAGGUAACUUUGUAGAGCUUUUAAAUUUUCGCAUUGAAGCAGGUGAUAAAGUUCUUGAGCACCAUAUUCGUUCUGCUCCUAAAAAUGCAACUUAUAUAUCUAAAACCGCACAAAACGAACUUAUUGAAUGCUGUGGAAAAACAAUCGAAGAAGUUCUAAUUAAUAAAAUUAAAAAUUCAGAUUAUUUUUCUAUCUUGUGUGAUGGAGCCUCUGAUUGUUCUAAUGUUGAACAGCUAUCUCUAGUUAUAAGAUACAUUGACUGUGAUAAUGUUGUUUGUGAAGAUUUUCUACGGUUCAUUGAAUGUAAAUCUGGUACAACUGGUCUUAGUCUUGCGCAAAAGAAACUUAAAGGUCUGGAUGUUUUUUUUGAUAACUACAUAUCUGUUUUUCAUUCAAUGGAAGAAAUGGCAUACAAUGAAGUUUCUGCAAUUGAUGAUAUUGGUCUUGAUAUCCAAAAAUGUAGAGGUCAAGGAUAUGAUGGUGCUGGGGCAAUGUCUGGUAAAUUAAAAGGUAUUUCAUCAAGAAUUAAAUUUAUCAAUUCAAAGGCUAUUUUUGUUCACUGUGCAUGCCAUACACUUAAUUUAGUUGAAGUAAAUCAUGCAAUGUUCAGAGUAUUUAAAAAUAAUAUUGAUGUCUAUCAUCGCAAAUGGUACUUAAUUACUCUUGAUCUAGCUAAGACUCUUGAUGUUUCAGAAGUUAAACUAAGGCUUUGUGGCAGACAAAAGUAUAGAGAUAAUUAUCUCUCUGACACAGUUUCAGAUUAUUUCAAAUAUUCCAUCACAUCUCCUCUUCUAGAUCAUUUAAUUAAUGAAUUAGAAGAUAGAUUUAAUGAAGGUGAUAUGGUUGUUUACAAAGGUUUAUCUGGUAUUCCUGCAACUUUUGUAAAAAAAAAAUAA